GAACGAUAUGAUGCUACCGAGAGUGCCGACGAUAAUGACGAUGAGAAACAAUCUUUUUUAGGAAUGCGCCCCGAAAUGCCACCGCUAGAUAUUAAUUUUAGAGGCUCAAAUAGCGACAAUGAGGGUGGUGCUUCGGGGCUCGCUACUAAAGAAGCACUGCUGUCAACUGCUUUGUCCUACGGCGGUGGUGAGAGCGAGCUGCAGCAAGUGCAGCAGCGUCUUAGAAGCCGCUCAGUAUCACCAUCCGUAGCUGAAAAAACGUUUGAACUAGCCCCAAGAUCACAAAGUCGACCAUCUUCUCCCGGAUCUGGUGAAGAACAAAAGUCGAAGCCCAGGCGCCUUUCAGUGCUGCGAGCCAGCGAUUCACCUACAGCAGUUCCCUUACAUUUUCGGAAACCACCUACUUCUCCUAGCGGGACCAAGCGCAUCUCCCUGAGUUCUCCUAGCCAGUCUCCUAACUCACCAAAGCAUAGCCGUCGCCCAAACUCCAUCGAAUUCAAAAAUGUUCGCGAGAUCCGUCCACUCUGGCUCGUGGAGCGCCAUAGUUCCACUAAAUUUGAUGCAGAGCCAGAAGGUCCUCUUCCGUCACUACCUUCCAGCAAGACUUCUUCUCGAGUCGCCUCUGUGGAGGACUUACGAGCAGCCUACGAUGAGAACGCGGUGGCUGACUUCGACAUUAGCGGUGGACCUUCGUACAGCCUGGGCCGAAAACCAGUUGACUUGCGCAUCUCCACAGAUCAAUUACCUGCUGAAGAGGAUGAUUUCUUGAAUUCCCAGCAAGCUACUCCUACCGCAGAAACAUACAACAGCAAGCAGUUUGGUCCUCCACCUAUCAAGAAGGAAAAACCAAAAUACGAAUUUCAUUCUCCAUCGGAAUUACUUCAGGACUUGGGUGCAUAUUACGACCCGCAAAUACCAGAGCCUCCCGAAUCCAUGGACCAAUUACCACCCGUGGCAGGAUCCGAUGUUGCAGAGAAAGGAAUAGAAAAAACACUCGAACAGCUGCCUGUGAAUACAGAAAUCCAGCUUGAAAAACUAGUGCCUGCUGCGGAGGAUGGAGUUCAAUCGAACAAUAAGUCUAAUGAAAAGGCCUCGUUCUUGCUAGGCGCAGGGUUUGCCUCUGUUGUCGACGCCGCUGUAUCCACUGAUUCUGAUAGUCAUGAUAAGGAUGCAAAAAGCUCUAAUGAUCACGAACUGCCCAUGACUGAACAUGGGGAGUCUGAAUUGCUCACGAAGGACGACGCUGAUGAGGGUUUGCAGGGUGUUUCGACUGAACAUGUCCAACAACAGGAACAAGCCUCAAGCAUGGAUCAUGCAGAACCCUCUGGAAACCCCGGCGAUGUUGUCAAUUCGGCGGUUCCUGCAACUUCAUCUGGUCAAUCUCUCGCCACGACAGAAAACAAGGCGGAUGUAUCUAAGGAAACCCAGUAUGACGUACAUUCAUCUGGCGAAACUCUUGCAGGAAUUGUUGAUGCCGCGGUCGCCACUGCUGUUGAUACGCCAGCCAUUUCUCAUGCGAAAUCCACCCAGCACAACAUCUCCAAGCAUGAAACUGAUCUAAGUACAGAUGAUCCACCAGACGAAAAGGAAAAAGCUGCUUCAGAAGUCGAAGAGACCAAAUGGGUUUCCGGAACUUCAAGUGGUCAACUUCUCAUGGAUGAUACAAAGGAAGUUGCCGAAGAUGUCAUCCGUGAGGCCGAACAACCCUUGUCAACUGUGGAGACUGAGCAGGUAGAGGCGGUCACCGCAUCUGCGGAGACUGAUACACGACCUAGCCCCAGUGCGGAGCACGACAUCAAAGACACCAAUAAUCAGGCACCACAUGUGAUAGCGGAGCCUGAAGAUGAGGAUUUUUCUUCGACAACUUCCAAAUCCCCGAAAAAGAAAAAGAAGAAUAAGAAGAAAUCACAGAGUUUGUCUGAGCCUGCUGCUAUUGAGGCCAAACCCGCAGCCCCUGUUGAUGAAUUAGUUGGCCCUUCAACGACAGAGGAACCUCAAUCGCUUGACGAGACAGGGAAGUCAUUCUCGGACAUUGCUUGUGCGGCCAUGCUAUCUGAGCAAGUAGAGGACAUCGAGAAUGGGCCUGGCAUUUCUGUCGUACCUCAGGGAAAGAAUGGACAGGGCAAUAAAGAGGAACCCGACAAACUUAUGAAUUCUCUUCAGGAGCCCGAAUUGGCAGAAGAACAAACCUCUGCCGUUGUAGUAACAGAUCAAAUACCUGGGAUACCAUCGGAUGUCCCCGACAGCGAACAACAACAAUGGUCGCUUGACAAUGUCACUGAAGAGGCGCCUGCCCAAGAAGAAGCUACGGAAAUGAUGCCACCCGAUGAAAAGACUGAAAUUUUGCAGAAUGAGAAUCGGAAGCUUCCCGAGACAUCUAAAGUUCCCCAGCAAAUCAGUGUUGAAGACUCAAUUAAGGAGGAUCAAACUCUGCCUCACCCCGAGCCUCCUGCCGUUGACGAUCCAGUUGAGUCCUCGGAAGUCAUUUUGGCGCAGCCCUCUGAUGAUAAAGAGGAGGAACAGCCUGCUCUUACUCAAUCAGGCAAGAAGAGCAAGAAACAAAAAAAGAAAAAAAAGGGGAAGUCGUUGUCUGUGGAUGAAAGUCCCAACGAAGUGCCCCAAGAACUCUUCGCUACUUCUCAAGCCCAGUCUGAAAGUGCCGCGAUUGCUGCAUCUGUAGAACCUGCAAUUGCUCAAGGUGGGGAGGCAACUAUGGACAAAAAUCAGGACGUCGUUGGUCUGGAACCGUUCAGCAGCUCUGCUGAUCCUGAAGCCUCCCAAUCACAUGACAUCGAUACUCAAUCCAAGGAAACGGAAGAAAUUCACGUUGAAGACCCAAAACUAGAACCAGACGUCUUGUGCGCCCAAACAGAGGUCUCACAAAACCCAGAUGUUGCGGUAAUUUCUGGGGAUCAAGAGGCAUUGAUAGCUCCAGGUUUUUCGGUUGUGCCAGAAACAGGUGUGGAAGGUGAACUUCACGAUGAAUCAGCAGAAAUUAGAGAACCAGUCCAGCUAGAUGAAUCGUUGGUUGCUAGACCGGCACAAGCUGGGGAGAUUGUUGAACCCGAGACAUCAAAUAUUGCUCACGUUUCCAUCGAUCCUGGUCUGUCCGAGGCACCCCUCCUUGAGCAGCCGGCUGGUUCAUCCGACAAGCAGUCAGUGGAAGCAAUUGAAGUGGCAGACUCCGCAGUCAAAGAAGAGAAAGUUCCCUUUUCCCACGAAGAAACCUCCAAACCGGCGUCCUUUGCGGCUGCGAAGUCUAAGAAAAAGAAGAACAAGAAGAACAAGCGACUUUCCUUGGUCGAAGAGCCUGAGAUAACUACUGAGAUUACAGAAACUGGGUCAUCGACUCCUGUAGAACCCGAAAAAUCCGGCGCCCCCGAGCAAGAAUCAACCGCCCUCGUCGAGUCUUCAUUACCACCAAUUGUAGCAACGACGCCAAUACCCACAGAACCUGAGCCGUUCGCACCUGCGGACCCUGAAAUCACACUCGUAGAAGCUGCAGUGCCCACGGAAGCAAGCGCUGACUUGCCAACGUCUACUGAUACAAUUGUUUCACCUUUUGUCGUAGAUGCCGAAUCUCCUACACAGACUGAGCCGCCUACUGCCGUUUCUGAUGAAGGUUCUAUUAUGAAAGCCCAGGAGAUCUCAGAUCAAGGAGAUCAAACGAAAGAUCUGGCUUUAUCACAACCUGAGUUGCAAAGGGAAGAAAAUGAGAACCCUGAUGAUCAGUCCACGGCGCAAGAACUUGUACCAUCUCAGACUGGUAGCGCCGUGAAACCCACUUUAGCCGAAACGGAGGAUUUUCAAGUGGCAAAUUCGAAGGCCAAGCGCAAGAAAGACAAGAAAAAAGACAAGAAAAAGAAGGCAGCUGAAGCUCUCCCAGGGGACGAUGAACCAUUUGAUAACCAUGUCAAUGAAAAUCCCACCGAGCCUGUUGAAGCUACGAUCUCCCAGGAUCCAGAACCGGAAGGAUUAAUGCCGACUGAGCAGUUCAAUUUGAUUGACCCGAAGACAGAGGAUGUCAAGGAAGAUAGUCCAAAGUCUCAAGUUUUGGAACCCCCUACAGAAGAGGCCAAGACCGUUGAUAUUGGCAAAGAUGGCCCAUGGGAUCUCGAAACCUCAAACUCCAAGACGAAGGAAGAUAAAGAGAAAGACGCAGCAGCAACAAUAGCAACUCUCACGGUGGAUGAAGAACCGAAUUUUAGGUCUAAUAAUGGCGAUGGCACCGAGACCCCUGAGGCUGUAUCUUCGGAAAAUCUAGAACAGGUUGAGUCCAUAUCCAUUGGGCAGCCUAGCCUAGAUGAACAAAAAAGGGAUAAUGUUACAGAAGAGUCCCAAUCUCCAGAGUCUCCAGCAGACGCUCCCACAGACGCUCCCACAGAUGCUCCUGCAGAAGAAUCUAAGCCCAUAGACAAUGCAGAAGACAAUAGCUUGUCCGCUGAGACUUCGAAGUCCAAGAAGAAGAAAGACAAGAAAAAGAAAAAAGCAAUGGAGGCUCUUCUGAUGGCAGACAAACUGUCUGACAGACCUGUAACAGAGGACACUAAAAAGAGUGUUGAAAUUGUUACUCCUGAGGAACCAGAACAAAUUGAAUCGGUAUCGGCUAAAGAGCCUACUCCAGAUGGACGGACUCCUGUUAAUGUCGUGGAAGAUACUGGCGCAGAGUCUCAUCCUCAAGAGAUAUUGGCGGAGACUGCUGCAGAGAUUCCAGCAGAAGAAAAGCAAACGGUUGAUGUUGUGCAAGACAGCAGCCAGGUUCAAGAGACUUCAAAAGCAAAGAAAAAGAAAGACAAGAAAAAGAAGAAGGCAGCAGAAUCUCUUCGAUUGGAGGAAGAACAACCUGAUAAACCUGCCAUCGAAUACUCCACGGAGCUUGUUGAACCCCCAGCCGCUGAAGUUUCAGAGCAAUCUAAUGCGGAUGAAGUAAAAAUGGAAGUCAAAGUACAUGAUUACAGUACGGAUCCUCAACCUCCAGGAGCCCCUGCAGAAGAAAUCGCCAAGGCUGUCGACAUUACGAAAGAGGAUGGAUCGACUCAGGAGUCAAAGUCGAAGAAAAAGAAGGAUAAGAAAAAGAAAAAGGUCGCAGCUCCUUCUUUGGAUGAUGAGCUAUAUAACAAUAAUCCCGACAACGAGAAUAUCACAGAACUCGAUGCCGUUCCCUCUGCUAAGGGUGCAGACGCGGAAGAAGUCCCUAAUACAGAAAUUGGCAUUUCAGAAACUCCUGCAGAAGAGGCCAUGGCUGCCACUAUCCCUGAAGACGGUGCGCUUCAAGAAAUCUCAAAAUCCAAGAAGGACAAGAAGAAUCGCCAAUCAAUUCAACUAGUAGCUGCCCAGGAAGAAGGUGCACGUGAUGCGUCAGCUGACGUCCCUGAGAUUGCCACGCCUGUUGAGUCUAGUAGUCCUGCCGUCGAAGAUACUACGAAAACUAAGGAAGAGCAAAAAAAGGAUGAUAUUGCUGAUUUGCAGCUCCAAGAAAUUGUCCUGAAGGAGUCAUUACCAUUACAGCAGCCGGAAAACCUCGAAGGCGAGGAUUUAAAGUCCAAAGCUGGCAAGUCAAAGAAGAAAAAGGACAAGAAGAAUAAGUCAAAGGAUGAGCCUUUUCCGUGGGAUGCUGAGCCUGUGCCGGAGCCAGAAAAGCCGCAGGGCACUGUCACUGGCGAACCAGCCGCAUCUGUAGACGUUCCAGAGCCUACCGAGUCUGGGGAAUUUUCAGGGCCCAUAAUAAAUGUUAAUUCUACUUCUGAUGAUGCAAAGGCAGCCGAGCCUGCAGUGACCGCCGCACUCAAAGCGUCCGACGAACCCAAAGAACCAGAGUUAACUGAGGCAACUGAGGCCAUCAAAGCCAUGGGACUUACUGAAGAAAUUACCGAAUCCAUAGAUCCUCCAGCAGUCGAAACCAGCGAGCUGACUAGUCCACAACCUGAGGAGCCCAUCGAACUUCAAUCCUCAGAACCUGCCGAGAAUGCGCUCCAGGCGGACUUCCAAAUGCCAGUCAAAAACAUGGAGCGUGGUUCCUUGAUAUCUUCAGUCGUUACAGAGCCGAAUUCUUCCGAGCGGGGUGCGGAAGUUACAGAGCCUACUGAAGUUGCAACAUUGACGGAGCCGGAACUUGCUGAUUCUGAUGAGCCUAUAGAGACCAUUCAGCGAGAAAUCGUCGAGCCCGUGAAAACUGCUGGUCUCGAUGCAGCGAUAGACACAAAGGAAAAUACGGAAUCAAUAGAAGAUGGUAAUGAAAUAUCGCGUCGCCCGUCCAAGAAAUCCAAGAAAAAGAAGAAGCGCGAUCUAAUGGCGUUAGACGAGGCUCCACGUAUAUCAAGUGAACAGCAAGAUCCUUUGGCUAUUACUCCUACAGUAGAGGGUUCCUAUGAGAACGCUCUUGUAGAUCCACUCAGAGAAGAGAAGCCCUUCGAGGAAGUGCCUACCGAUGAAGGUCAGGGGCAGCAGGAAAGAGGAUUGCCAGAGCAUGAGAGUAUACACCCUAGAGAUCCGGACGCGGAGAUGCAAGAUUCCAGCGCUGCAGAAACACCCAAGCCCCUCACUGCAAAGGAGAAAAGGAAAGAGGAGGCAAAAAACAGUCGCACACUGGAUUUGUCAAUAUCGGAACUGGAUCCUGCUCGAGUGGAUGAGACCGUAGACGUCUCGGUGCCCACUUUACAACCAGUUAAGGAUGAUGAACAAAACCUGAAGGAAGCGCGGCAAAAUGAGGUUGUGGUGGCUGGAAAGAAGAAGGGCAAGAAAAAUAAAAGACAAUCAGUAAACUGGGAGGAAGAUGUUAUUCAAGCCGCCACCGAGAACGAGCCGAAAUUGGACGAAGCUGGGGAGAUUGAUAAUGCUGAAGCCGUCAAAGAAACAUCACUAUAUCCUGCAACCGAGAACAUUGAUUCUAACCCGGAGCUACAUGGAAUUGAAUCAGCACCGCAGGAGACGCUUGUUGAAGUCGACGGUAAAGAAACUUUUCAGUCUUCCGACGAGACACACACCGACAAGAAAGAGAAAGAUUUCGAUUGGACUGAUAACAUGGUGUCUCCGCAGGUACAAUCUCAGACAGAAGAAUUUCGCUCCCCGGUUCCUUCCCCGACUUCUAAUAACCACGAAGAUAACGACCAGCCGCGCCCUUCCGAAGAUGACAUUCAGAGCGGCGAAUUUGUGACCACUAGCACUCUUCCUGAAAAUCAACCUCCGAUUUUUGAAAAAGAGAGUAUAGAAGCAACAGAACAACCGACUGUUUAUUUACAACCUAUUGAUCCAGAGGCAGAGGAUGCGGAUAUUACCACCACAAAGACUGGCAAGGGGGACAAGGGCAGGCAAAAGAAAAUUGACGAGUCUUUGAUCACCGAGGAAGAUAGUUCUAUGAAGAAAUCAAUGGUAGCAGAUGAUGGCUCCGAUUCCCAGGUCUUGCCAUAUGUGAACAAAGAACAAGUUGGAGAGCCAGGAAGCUCGUUUGCUCAAGAUGUUCUUGCAGUCUCAGAAUCACCACGAGACCUCGGCGCGGAGAAAGGGCUUGAGCACGUAGGCAGCAGCAAGAAGAAAGGCAAGAAGAAAAAGAAGGCAGAUACGUACUCAUUUGCGGACUUUGGUGAAUCUGUUGAUGAAAGGUGUGCAGCGAAUGCAGACCAUGGCCCAGCUAAUGCCUCUGGUGAUCUAUUCAACCAGAAGGAGCUAUCCGUGGACAAUAAUGAGAACCAGUUACAAGAAGAUACAACUGUCACAUCAGAUGUACACGGCAAGGACGAUGCGAAAGAUCUGAUCGUCGUUGAGGCUCCUCACCACAAUGAAGUUGUCCCGAAGGAACACCCUGAUAAUGAGGUGUCAGCAGUCUCCGAGUCUCCUCCAAGUCGCAAUCUAACCAAAAAAGAAAAGAAAAAGCUGAAAAAGGGCAAGAAGGCUGUUGAAAUCGACGAAGAGGAGCCAACUGCUGGUCCCAUUACAAAUGAAUAUACAGAAAAAAUCAAUACUAGACAACUUGUUGAAGCUGUGGAGGAGAAUGUCGAUAAUACACCAGCUGUCAGUAGUGAAUCUCCCUGGGUUAAUGACCAACCUGCGGAGCAGGGGCAAAUUCUUGAUGAGCCUACUGUGGACGUCAAAGAGCAGCAGGUUGCGGAAGUCGAUGUUGAGCAUACACCCUCUCAGGAGGAGCCAUUUGCACGAAACCUGUCUAAAAAGGAAAAGAGAAAAAAGAAAAAGCGUACGACAGAAGAUGUGCAGGGAAGUCAGGGGAUGGGGGUUGACUCUGUUGGUAUUGGUGGUCAAUUGGAUAAUCCCGAGACGAUUCCUAUCAUCACCGAGGAGCAAGAUUAUGAUCGCGGUCCUGUCACUGAAGAAGCCGCGACGCGGGCACGAGCGUUAGAGAAGGAAGCAGACCUCGACGUUGCAGCUUCCCUCUUUGGAGAUCCUCCUGGGCCCGAAAAUUCAGUUUCACGGCAAUCGUCCCAGGAACAAAAAGGCAAAAAAAGCAAGAAAGACAAGAGACAUCCUCAACGAGAAAACGACAAUUUAGAAGAGACCGUUGAAACCCAGGAUGGUGGUGACGUUGAGAUAUCGGCAGGCAUAGAAAAUUAUAAUAUUGAAUCUCAGCUCACUGAACCAGUGGAGGAGAAGUUACUGUCCUGGCCUUUGGUCGAGCCUAGCCACGACUCUGGCGAGAAGCUUGGUGAGAAAAAGCGGGCACUCAACGAGGAAGAGCCAGAACUUGAACAGCCGAAACAGGAACCGGUAUCAAUAACCGAUGACUUUCCUGCUGAAGAAGUUCGAAAUGAAGCGAGAGACCUUGGAGCUGACAAAGUUACUGCGGGUGGAGCUCAAGCCACCAGCAAUCAAAGAGAAGACGUGGAUAUUGCAGUAGAAGCUGCUAUGGCAGCUGCAGGCUUUCUUCCUUCCAGUGCUGCACCAAAGCCAAGUUCUGAAAAUGACAAUACUACGGGUAUUGAAUCUACCGAAGAGAUGACGGGAACAAAAAAUCUGGCUGGUGUCUACAAGCAGAGUGAUUCAUUAAACGAUACUGGAAGAUCUCUGGAGACAGCAGAUGCGAGCUUCGAAACUACAAGGGGAAGAAGCACAACAAAUAAAAUCGCAAGUAUCUUUCCAGGUCUGGAGAGAGUUACAUAUCGGCGACCUUCCCCAAAAUCACAUGAGAAGCAAGCCACUGAGGUUAUUACUGUCGAGGAGCGCAGCCAACCGCCUCCCGAGGCCCAAUUUUCAGACGAGAUACUCAACACCACGACGGCAGCCGGGCAAGCUCACGUUUCAGCUCACGAACAUGCCGCACCUGAGACAGAAUCGGCCCCGAAGGACCGGUCAUCCUCUUUGCUCUUCGACUCCUCCCCAUCAACUAGACUAGCACCUACUCCGGACGUUACGAAAAGGGCUUCUUCACCGACAAUUCGCUUACAGCACUCGAGUGGCUCUCUGCACCGUACAAAGUCGAUUCACGGCCACCACACGGGCCAUACACACGGUUGGCAACUGGAUGAUGAAGUUACUCCGACAAAACGAACAAGCAGCCAGUCUCCCCAGCCUCUGCGCGCUGAGCAUGUGGAUAUCUCACCACCUCGGACGCCCCUCGACCCAAUUAAAGAACACGAUGGCCCCUAUGUGUCAUCGCCAUCUCCAAGACUUGUGAUGGGCGAAGGACCAUAUAUCCUCGAGCGACCAGAUAGUCGCAGCAGCGCCAGAAGCAUGCGGUCACUCCGAAAAGCCAAUCGCAGUAUUAGUGCUGAUCUUCGAGCAGUGGCUUCACCAGACAACCAAUUUGGCGCUACUGACGAUCAAGAUUGGCCUAGGGCUGAAGAGCACGAUAAGAAGACUAAGAGUGCUGGGCGCCAAGAGGCGGGGUGGGCCGCUCCCUCGGCAACGGACCGCUCCCAGCCACCAUCCGAUCCACAGCGAACAGAAGACGACGACGACGACCUUGACCGCCAACAUUUGGAGAACAUUCCUUCUUCCUCUACCUACGAUCCCGUUACCGAUAAGGGCAAACGCCCUGUUCGAGGCAUGACUGAUGUCUACGAGGCAUGGGGCGAGACUCCGAACUCGCCGCGGUCGCCGACCCGACCGCCUAGCGUUAGACGUCGCCAGAGCAUGCAACAUCUUCAAGAACUCGAAUUGAGGCUUGAUCAAUUAAUUUCUGAGAACCGUCUGCUGGCUGCUGCCAAGGAUGAAGCCGAGCAUAAAUUGUCCCGAGCGGGGGUUGCUCGUCGCAAAAGCGACCAAGCGCUCAACAGCAGCAAUGCCGACUUGAGGGAUAAAGAAGCCGAGAUUUCUCGCUUGACAAGCUCGCUGGAAUGGAUGCAAAGCGAAGUGCAAAGGCUAACACAAGAGAAUGAAACGUUGAACGCGACCCACGUCGAAUUAACUGCAUCGCAUGCCCGAGAAGUUGAUGGCCUCCGUACACGCCAGCUCGAACUCGCAACGGGCAUGGAGAGCAUUGUGCGUGAUCAGAUUGGUGGUGCUCUGGCAGAAAAGGACGCGGAACUUCGUCAAUUGCGUGAUGAGCUUGCUGCUGCUCGCCAAACAGUACAAGAAUUGCAGCAACAAAUUGUUUCCGCAACCGCAGAUGAUGUGCUUUCCAUCCACGAUGAAGACUAUUUCGACAAUGCCUGCCAGCGUCUAUGCCAACAUGUACAGCAAUGGGUCCUACGGUUCUCCAAACAUUCCGACUUGCGUCGUUGCCGCCCCUUAGCCGAAGUGCGUAAUACCGUUGUUGCGGACCGGUUCGACAAUGCCAUCUUGGACGGUUCAGAUGUCGAUACAAUCCUGUCUGACCGGGUACGUCGGCGUGAUGUCUUUGUUGCUGUCGUGAUGGCCAUGAUCUGGGAAUAUAUCUUUACAAGAUACUUGUUUGGUAUGGACCGUGAUCAAAGACAGAAACUAAAGGCGCUCGAAAAGCAGCUUUCAGAUAUUGGACCUCGACGAGCUGUAGCUCACUGGCGCGCCCUGACAUUAACCCUUCUCGCCAAACGCCCAUCGUUUGCGGAACAGCGUGUGAAAGAUACAGAAGCUGUUGCUUUGGAAAUCAUGGAGACUUUGUCUCAACUUCUUCCUCCUCCCCAAUCCGCUCAAAGCCAGCUCCUUGAGUCUCUACGUGGGGUACUCCGGCGAGCAGCCAAUCUAUCUAUCGAGAUGAGAACUCAACGUGCCGAGUAUGUGAUGCUGCCGCCAUUGCAGCCUGAAUUCGACUCCCAAGGCGACUUGGCUCGGCAGGUCAGCUUUAAUGCCUCCUUGAUGAAUGAGCGCAGCGGGCUGUACAGCUCCAAUGAGGCGCUUGAGGCCCAAGGCACGGCUGUCCGCCUAGUACUAUUUCCCCUCGUUGUGAAAAAGGGCACCGACUUGGGGGAUGGCGAUGAAGAGAUUGUUGUUUGCCCAGCCCAGGUUCUUGUGGCCUGGCCAGAUAAUGAAAGGCCACGCGAACGAGAUCGCAUGUCUGCCCUCGGGAAUCGUUCCGUAUCAAGCGUCGUUCCUUCCGUUGACAUGGGAAAUAUGUUCUAA